AUAAGUUGGACUUCCUCAAAUUAUGGGAUCAUAGAUUUUACUGGGUCGAUGUACGACGCUAGAACAAGUCAUUAGCAUCAUUAUAAUUAUAAUGAAUGUCGGCUAAUGAUGAUAUGAUUAUGACUAGCCGAAUCCAGUGUAUUAUUGCUUAAAGUGUUAAUUAAACCGUUUGUGUGUCUUCAUAAUGCCGAAAGGCAAGAACAAAUUGAAUCUUACUAUUUCCGUGUCUGAGCCUCAAACAGACGGAAGCGAUCGUCAGAAUGGAGCUCAAGCCAACUUAGAAGCCUUACAACAGAAGUUACAAGAAUUGGAUAUAGAUGAUCAACAAAGAGAAAGAUUAGAAGAGUUUCUGUCACAGAAGCAAAAAAUUGGAGAAUUGUUAGAGGAAGAUUUUGAAAAACGGGGAGAAUUAGGAGCUGGAAAUGGUGGUGUGGUUACAAAAGUUUCUCACAGACCUUCAGGGCUAAUCAUGGCACGAAAACUCAUACAUCUUGAAAUAAAGCCUAUGGUUAGAAAUCAGAUAAUUCGUGAAUUAAAAGUUCUUCAUGAGUGUAACUCACCAUAUAUAGUUGGCUAUUAUGGUGCUUUUUACAGUGACGGGGAAAUAAGUAUUUGUAUGGAAUAUAUGGAUGGUGGUUCAUUGGAUUUAAUUCUUCGUAGAGCAGGAAGAAUCCCAGAGCCUAUUUUAGGAAUUAUCAACAUAGCUGUGCUUAAAGGGCUGUCUUAUUUGAGAGAAAAACAUCAAAUAAUACACAGAGAUGUUAAACCAUCAAAUAUUUUGGUAAACUCUAGAGGAGAAAUAAAGUUAUGUGAUUUUGGAGUAAGCGGUCAGCUGAUAGAUUCCAUGGCUAAUUCUUUUGUAGGCACAAGAUCAUAUAUGGCGCCUGAAAGAUUACAGGGAACACACUAUUCUGUUCAGUCUGAUAUUUGGAGUCUGGGUUUAUCUUUAGUGGAGAUGUCCAUUGGCAGGUAUCCAGUGCCUCCACCUGACUCCAGGGAUUUGGCUAGUAUAUUUGGAGAGAAUGCUAAUGAAGAGCAUUUAGAAGCUGCCAAAACUGGAAAACCAUUGAAAGGCACCCGCAAUAACUAUACGGUACCAACCAAGGGGGGCGCUGCUGAAGCACCGCGAUCUAUGGCCAUAUUUGAGCUUUUAGAUUACAUUGUGAAUGAGCCUCCUCCUACUUUACCCAAGGGAAGAUUUUCUGAUGAAUUUGUGGAUUUUGUUGAUAGAUGCUUGAAAAAAAAUCCUUCAGAUAGAGCAGACCUUCAGUCUUUGAUUAAUCACCCAUUUGUAAAGAAAUAUGAAAAUUCUGACAUCUCCAUUGGACAGUGGGUUUGUAAAGUCAUGGAUAUCCAACCAAGUUGAGUCUUGAAAUGAUUCAUAAAGUAGAAAAGACAAGAAAAAAGUUAUAAAAUAUAUAUUUUAAAUCUAUGUAUGGUUUGUUUAUAAAACAUGAAUGCCAACAGGUAAAUAUUAACAUGCAUUCAAUAUAAAUAUAUAUAUCUUGGAGAUCUUUAUCUGUUUCAAAAGAAAUAUUGAAAUAAAGUUUUAAAAAUACUUUUUUGUUGUUAUUUAGAUCUAUAUAAAGCUAAUUCUGGAGAUUUUUUUGUUUGUAUUUGGAUUCAUUUUAUUAAUGUAUAACACUAUUUAUUAUAUGAUUGUAAGAAUUCUUAAGAUUUUGGUGGCCAAUAUGGUGCUAAUUAUAGUUAUAAAGUUAUUUCUUUGUACUCCCAGUAGGGUCUACUUCAAUUGUUAGCAAAACUACUAAAAGUAGAAGUUAGGAGGAAUUGACUGUUGUCACUCAUUUCUCUGUAAUUAAGUGGAUCCUUGUUUUUAUAUUUAUAUAUGUAUUUUUUUUUUUACUUGAUAUUUUCGCUAGGCUAUUUAGUGUGACUUAAAUUAUUUAGUGUUAUUUAGAACAUAAUAAUUUCCUCCGUUUUUAUUUGAAAUAUUAAAUCUUAAAACAAUGUAUACAAGGCUUAAGGCAAUCAUUGCUAUUUUGAUACUGUUUGGGAAAAUAUUUUCUGUUUAAAAAAAAAAAUGCUUUUUUCAUCAUUUUUUGCAACCCUAGUUGUUUUUUUUUAAAGCUCUUAGUGAAGUAAGAAUGUUUUGCUCAGAGAUUAGCUAUUCUACAUCUAUUGGUUAGGUCUCCAGUUGAGCCUGCACUGUAUGUUUUAUAUAGUCCAAUACUAAGCCUUGAAUAAAAUAAAAUAAAAAGAAUUAACUUUUCAAGGUAUAAACAAAAAAAGAAAUAGAAAAAAAAAAUUCUUACCUUUUAAUGUUAAAAUAGUAUGCAUAUUUAUUAUUUAUUUAACAUAACUAAAUGGUGUGGCAUCUACAGGCUCCACCACUUCUGCUAUUACUCUCUUCUCUCCCCCCCCCCCCCCCCACACACACACAAUAAAAGAAAUAUCAAUUGCCACUGUAAGAUUAAAUACAAAUUUACAAGAUUUCAUAAGUGUCGUAAAAAUGAAUAUUCUGUUUUGAUAAGCCUUUUACAAUAUUAACUAAUCUAAACAUUUUGUAUGUUAAUACAUCCUAUUGAUCCUUAAUAUCUCUCAUUUUUUAAAGUUGUAUCAAAUAUAGCGAUAUCAAAAAUAUCUUACCAUACAAAUAUCUAAACAUCUUAAUAAUUUUAAUGUUAUUUAUAGAAUAUAAUACCUAUAGUUGGUCUAGGUACUAUUUUCUGCAUUUUUAUUUCAUCUUAAAAAAUAUGUAGCUGUCAGUUUGACCAAUUGAAAUGUACUAAUGUGUUAACUGUGUGCAAAUGUUCAUCUUGUUGAUGGUACUAAAGUAGUUUUGUUCCUUCCCCUGGUUUUGUUGAGCUCAAUGGAAUGUAAAUAUUUCUUUUGGUUGUAAUUUGAUGUCACUAUAUUUAUUAUCACUUUGUGAUUGCUGUGUAUGUGUUCUAGGUCAAAACAUUUUUUUUAAGACUUAAGAGUAUCACUUUUGUUACCUGCAGCCAAUAGUUUAAUGUAUCACUCUAAUGUUUGGUACAUUUUAGAACAUUCAACUAAUGUUUGAAACAAAACAACAUUUGAUUGGCUCAAUGUUGAAUUUUUAUUUAUGAUGAAUUAAGCAUUCUAUUUGUCAACAGAGCUUCAAAGUAGUAAAUGUUUGUUACAAAUUGAAUUAAUUUUUGUUUGUGUCAUUGGUAUAUACAAUCUUAGCAGCUGAAUAAACUGGAAAGAGAUAGAAAAAUUGAGAUAUUGGUUUAUUUAGGUUCCACCCCAAGAUGUGUGACAGAAAAAAAUUGCAAAAAACUGAGAAAGAUUUCUAUUUGUUUGAAAUGAACUAGCCACACCUGGCUUGCCAUGUCAACUUGUGCAUA